AGUUCAUGGUUGGUAGCUCUUCUAUGUCAAUGACUGUGAACGUUGAUUUACAGCAUAAAUUCAUGCUUGUGAAGCCGUGUAUGUUUGUGCUAGCUACUACCUGUUGAAGAGCUUCUGUUUUGUUUGUUGGUUUUUUGUUUUGAAAUCUGUACUGUACAAGCGCCUGGCGUUUUCCCUUGCAAUUUGCUUGAGACAAGGGGUCAGUAAGUCCUGCUCCGUCUGGAUAAAUUGAUCGUCUCGUUUAUUCAACGCAUUACUGACUGAACUUAAGGUGCCGCGCGGGUGCAAGUCGUAAACCCAAUAGGUUACAUUCGUGAGUGUAUAUGUCUGCACGUGGCUUGACGGUUCAACAUUAUGGAAAGUACAAGUGAAAAUUACCUUAUCGUUAUCAAAACGGGCGACGUUAAAGGAGCAGGCACAGAUGCCAAUGUCAAAAUAGCCUUGAUCAACGACGCCCAAAUCAGGUCAAGGGAUAUCGCUUUAGACAACUUGUGGCGGGAUGACUUUGAGAGAGGGAAUACCGAUCAAUUCCCGGUUGAGAAUCUGGCCAAUUUCGGAAGGAUCGAUAAGAUCGAGCUGUGGAGAGACAGCCGAGGGCUUUUUGAUAGCUGGUUCGUCGAGAAAAUAGAGGUGAUGGAUUCUGCCAACAGCGAGACUACUGUCUUCCCUAUACAUCGCUGGAUCAAGGCAAAUACGCGCCUUGUUUUUGUCAAGUACGACUGCUUGCUCCCACAACACGAUAUGAACAAGGAACAACGCCAUCAGGAAUUGAUGGAAAAGAAGACGAAAUAUGAGAUGGAGGUUAAGCAGGAGGGUUUGCUUCCGCAAGUCAAGAUUCUUCCGGAUGAGGAGGCAUUCUCUGAUGAUUACAAGUGGGACAUCACUAAGAUGAAAUUGAAGCUUCUCCUUCAGAGCAAAAUAAUCGGUCUGACGUCAGAGCCUUGGAAGAGCCUGGAUGACAUUGUAAAAGUGUACAACAAAAGCCUUCCGCUGCCUUACGGAACACACAAUUGGAGAUCUGAUAUUGAGUUUGGAUCUCAGAAGUUGGUCGGUUGUAAUCCCAACCAAAUCAGGCGAUGUACUGAGAUACCUCACAAUCUUGCAGUUGAUGAUGCCAUGCUGAAGCCCUUGAUGGAAAAUUUAACCAUUCAAGAGGCGAUUGACUCCAAGAGACUUUAUAUCCUGAACUACAAGAUUCUCAAAGAUCUACCAUGCAGCUACGGCAGAAAGAUCUGUGCUCCCAUCGCUCUUUUCUUUGUCAACAAAGAGUUAAACCUGAUGCCUGUUGCCAUCCAACUCUACCAGGACCCUGCUGACGAUAACCCGGUUUUCCUGCCCACGGAUCCAGAGUACACUUGGAUUCUUGCCAAGAUGUGGUUCAACAACGCAGACGCAUCCUUUCAUCAAUCAGCAACCCAUCUUGGAUUCACUCAUUUGGUUAUGGAGGCGGUUGCCGUGGCAACAAAUCGUACUCUCUCGCCCUCUCAUCCGAUAUUCAGGCUGUUGGCGCCACAUUUUCUUUAUCUGCUCGCCAUCAAUAGCCGUGCACUCUCUAAGCUGGUCUCCAAAGAUGGCUGGGUUGAUGAGUGCAUGUCUAUCGGCCGUGAGGGUUUGUUUGCCAUCAACGCAAGAACUAACUCCGAAUGGCGUCUGAACGUUGAGGGCAGCCUCCCUGCUGACCUCAAGAACCGUGGAGUUGACGACCCUGAAGCACUUCCUAAGUACCACUAUCGAGACGACGCCGUCUUGCUUUAUGAGGCUAUUAGGAAAUAUGUAUCGGAAGUUGUGGAGGGGCAUUAUGAUUCGCCAGACAAGUUGGCCGCGGACCACGAGUUACAAGGGUUUGCCGAGCUGCUGACAAAGAGUCAUGGCGACGGAGGAUGUGGAAUCAAGGGCGUUCAUGGCAAUGGGAAAUUUCUCAAGACGGUUGAUUUAACUGAUGCUGUAACUGCUCUCAUCUUCACAAGCAGCGUGGGACAUGCCGCCGCUAAUUUUGCCCAAUACGAUGAGUACGCAUUUCCUCCCAAUUAUCCUGCGUUUAUGCGGCAUGAACAACCACCCAAGGACAAGAAUCCACGGACAGAGCAAGACGUGCUGAAUUGUCUCCCGCACAAAGAGAUGACGUUGAGUGUCAUGGUAGUAACCAAGAUAUUGAGUGACAGAGGGACUAACUCUCUGGGUGACUUCGAAAUUCAGUACCUGUAUGAUCCGAUUGGCACCAAAGCAGUGAAGGCUUUCAAGGAAGACUUACUCCGCAUCGGUGAAAUCAUCAAUAAGAGGAACCAGCAACGAGCUAGUCCUUAUCCCUACCUGCAUCCCAAGGAGGUUCCUAAUGCCAUCAGUAUCUAAAAGAAGAAGCUGAGAUAUCUAGCCAGUAGGUUUCAUGACGGAAAAAUAAACAAGUGGUAAGUUUGGGAAACACAUUCAUGAACUUUGGUUGGUUGUGGAUUUACUCAUUGAGAAAUCAUAAUGAUAACUUUUAAAUUGGUUGAUUUUAAACUUUUUCAGGUUGUGGAUUUACUCAUUGAGAAAUCAUAAUGAUAAUUUGUAAAUUGGUUGAUUUUAAACUUUUCAAGUUGUGGAUUUACUCAUUGAGAAAUCAUAAUGAUAAUUUGUAAAUUGGUUGAUUUUAAACUUUUAAUCCACCGCAAAGUUCAUUAUGUUCAUUCUGAUUUUUGUAGUGUCUUCAACUAGCUUUGAUAUAUUUAUUGUUACAGGAACCAGGAAAUGAAUAUUUCCUAGAAUCACUUUUUGUGUAUCUCUGUGCUCUUCUUCCAUGUAUGAAGGCUGU